CACUUACAUCACAUUUCAACAGUAUUUACCUUUUCUUUUUUUUGGAGACCAAAGUGCCAUGAGAACGAUACCAGAAGAGUUAAUACAAUACAGGUUACCACGCGGUUACAUACCAGAUACAGAUCAAAUUAGCAGAAUCGUAGCCCAGGAUCAGUUUAUUAUUGAUCUGAUCACCACUUCGCUUCUGAGAGUUCCUUUAGGCACUUAUAAGGCUGGCGACAAUAUGUUUAUCGAUGGCACAGAGUGUGAAACUCUUUAUAUACCUCAUUCAUCAGAUCUUGUAGACUAACCUCCUGUAGUAGCAGAAAUACAACACACAGUGACACGCGAGUUUAUGUGUCGAGCCAUCCAGUACUGCCUGAAUGUGUAUAAGCGUUUCCACAUUUUAUCAAUUUUAUUCCUCGUCUGUACCUCGAAAACAAAGCCCAAAACUCUGAGAGACCUCUUCAAACCUGUCCAAAACAAGUCUAACCUCUUAGAAACA